AUGGAUAAUGGUGAACAACUUGUUGCUAGGUUGCCCAACCCUAACGCCGGCCCUGCUUUCUUUGCUACAACCUCGGAAGUAGCAACUCAACAUUUUGUCCGCGAAUUCUUGGGGAUUCCGGUCCCGCGCAUCUAUGCCUGGUCUACAGACAGGUUGAACCCAGUCGGAGCUGAAUAUAUUAUCGAGGAAAAGGCCACAGGAUAUUCGCUUGGGAGUAUUUGGGGCCGAAUGUCUAGGUUCUCACAAUUUGUGAUCAUUGACCAAGUUGUUGAAAUAGAGAGGAAACUGGCAUCUGCAUCGUUCCCCAUGCAAGGUGAAAGAGAUCUGAUGAAACUGGAUAGAGGACCAUGGACCAACCCUAUUCAUUACGUGACUGCUCUUGGAAGUAACGAACUGAACUGGGCAAGAUGCCAUGCAAAGCCAAGAAUGAACUACUACCGGUCAAUAGAGACUCCAGAAAAUCCCAACGAGUACCUGGCUCUUCUCCAACGCUAUCUCGACAUUGCCCCACACCUAGUACCAAAGCAGCCCUGCUCUGAAUAUGACAACAUUAACACGCUGUCACAUCCAGACCUCCACCUCGACAAUGUAUUCAUCGACCCUGAAACACACCAGAUCACUUCCAUAAUAGACUGGCAACUCGCAGCCAUAACGCCAUCGUUUUUACAACAUCCUCACCCGCAAAUGCUGGAAGUCUCGCUUAGCCCAGGCAGCGAAGAACAAAGAAGCAGGGAAAAGGAGCUACUCGAAUACUACUACAAAGUAACAGAAAAAGUAAAUCCAUCCCGGGCUGAGGCAUUCAAGGACCCAUACCUAUCGACACGAGUCUUUCCCAUCAAUCUGAUAUCUGGAUGUUGGGAACGCGAGGAUACUUUCUCACUGCGUGAGUCUUUGAUCAAGGUUGCCGCAUACUGGGACCAACUCCGGCAAGACGACACAUCAUGCCCGAUUGGCUUUAUAGCCGAUGAGCUAGCUGCACAUGAACACGAAAGGGGGCUAAUUGAAGGCCUUUCGAAUAUUGUCCAGCAAUUAGAUGAGGAAGGGCUUAUUCCGAUCGGAGGGAUGGUUCGACCGGAGGAGUAUGAGCAUGCCAAGAUGGUGAGUGAGUACUUUAAGAGCGAAUUCAAAAAUCUAGCCGAGGGCGAUCAACAACGAGAACUGCAUGAAAAGAAUCCGUGGGACAUUAUAAGUGCGGAUUGGAUCUGCUUCGUUUAG